GAAAAGCUCCUGGUAUAAGUUGAAUUUCGUUUUAAGAAUUUGAGCAAAAAUGGUGGAGGGAGGAGUUACAAAACCAGAUAAAACAGAAUUUACAGAAUGUUGGAAGACGACAUGGAAGACACCAUACAUUAUGCGGCUGGCCUUAUCGGCUGGCAUUGGAGGCCUCCUGUUUGGCUACGACACAGGAGUUAUCUCUGGAGCCCUUCUUUACAUUCGAGAAGACUUCAAAUCUGUUGAUAAGAGUACUGUCAUGCAGGAAACCAUUGUGAGCAUGGCUGUAGCAGGAGCUAUCGUUGGUGCUGCAGUUGGUGGAUGGAUGAAUGACAGGUUCGGAAGGAAGAUGUCAAUCAUAGUUGCGGAUGUCUUGUUCUUCAUUGGCGCAAUAGUUAUGGCUUUGGCUCCAGUUCCGGCGGUGAUUAUUGUUGGAAGAAUAUUUGUUGGUUUGGGAGUUGGAAUGGCUUCCAUGACAGCGCCUCUUUACAUCUCAGAAGCCUCACCGGCUAGAAUUAGAGGCGCGCUUGUUAGCACAAAUGGUUUGCUAAUUACAGGAGGCCAAUUUCUGUCAUAUCUUAUCAAUCUAGCCUUCACCAAGGCUCCUGGAACCUGGCGUUGGAUGCUCGGUGUUGCAGGAGUUCCAGCUGUAGUGCAGUUUGCUUUGAUGUUCACCCUACCUGAGUCUCCUAGAUGGCUUUAUCGGAAGGAUAGAGUGGAUGAGGCCAGGGACAUCUUGAGUAAAAUAUAUCCUGCUGAGGAACUUGAAGGUGAGAUUCAAGCCUUGAAGGAAUCAGUUGAAGCUGAAAAGGCCGACGAAAUGGCAAUUGGGGGAAGCGGUGUGUUUGCGAAAGUAAGGAAUGCUUGGGGCAAUGAUGUGGUCCGAAGAGGGCUCUACGCAGGCAUUGCUGUUCAGGUGGCUCAGCAAUUUGUGGGUAUAAACACCGUCAUGUAUUACAGUCCCACCAUAGUUCAGUUCGCUGGAUUUGCUUCGAAACAGACAGCUUUGGCACUCUCUCUCAUUACUUCUGGCCUAAAUGCUGUUGGCUCCAUUGUGAGUAUGGCCUUCGUUGAUAGAUACGGCAGGAGGAGGCUGAUGAUCAUUUCUAUGUUUGGUAUAAUCACUUGUCUCAUUGUGUUAUCCGGGGUGUUUUACCAAGCUUCAAAAACUGCUCCAGCUGUCAGUAACCUCGAAUCCUCCCACUUCGGUGCUAACUCUACGUGUCCCGGUUACCUCGGGGCCAAAAGUCCAUCGUCUUGGAAUUGCAUGACAUGCUUGUCAUCCUCUGAUUGUGCAUAUUGUUCGAAUGGAGGAAGCGUGUACUCUCCCGGAGCUUGUGUGAAUUCAAACGACGAUUUAAAAGAUAAAUGCGGGGCAGAACAUCGGACAUGGUACACCAAGGGCUGCCCAAGCAGAAUAGGAUUUUUGGCAGUUGUACUCCUGGGAAUGUACAUUAUAUCUUACUCACCUGGAAUGGGGACGGUACCAUGGAUUGUGAACUCAGAGAUAUACCCAUUGAGAUACAGAGGCAUUGGUGGAGGAAUAGCCGCAGUUUCUAACUGGACCUCCAACCUUAUCGUGAGCGAGACAUUCUUGUCGUUGACCGAGGCCCUUGGCUCUGCUGGCACAUUCCUCCUCUUUGCUGGUUUUUCAUUCCUCGGUCUUAUAGCCAUUUAUUUACUUGUACCAGAAACCAAAGGACUGCAAUUUGAGGAAGUUGAGAAGAUGUUACAGGAAGGCUACAAACCAUACAAGAAGAAGAAUAAGAAAAGUUCCAAUUCCAAAGAUGAUAGUUCUUCUUAAGCUAUAAUUAUCUGAUGUUUUCGAAGGAAAAAGUUCCAAUUUCAAAGUUGGUAGUUCUUAAUCUAUAUAUUAUCUGUCGUAAUGUCCUACUCGUUUCGUUGUAUUUCUUCUCCCUUCUAAUAAUUUUUUUUUCUCUACAUGAUGAUUGGGAUAUACCAAUAUAACCGUGUCCAAAUUUAUAGUACCCAGCUGCAUGCAUACCUUC